AUGGACAGCAGUACUGCUACAGCGCAGCCGGCACAAGGUGCGUGCCCGUUGGGACGCCUCAUUAGUGCGCAGGAGUGCGCACUUUCCAACGCAGACUCCAGCCCAAACAAAUGCAAAGUGCUGAAGAGACAGCGCUCCAGUUCACCAGAACUUCUCCGAUGCAAAAGAAGGCUUACAUUCAACGGCCUGGGCUACAGCAUCCCUCAGCAACAACCGGUCGCAGUGGCGCGCCGCAAUGAGAGAGAACGCAACCGAGUUAAACAGGUCAACAUGGGCUUCCAGACUUUGCGCCAACACGUCCCGAACGGAGCCGCCAACAAGAAGAUGAGUAAAGUGGAGACCCUGAGGUCUGCGGUGGAGUACAUUCGGGCUCUGCAACAACUUUUGGACGAACAUGAUGCCAUUUCGGCUGCGUUCCAGUGCGGGGUCCCGUCUCCCACCCUGUCUCACAGCUACUCAGCGGAUCCAGAGUCGCCUCAUUCAUCUUACUCAUCUGACGAUGGGAGUCACGAGCACCUGAGCUCUGAAGAUCAAGAGCUUUUAGACUUUACGACAUGGUUUAACAGAUACUGA